CCUGCGCCUGACCGCCCGCCGGCCCCAGCCCCGCCGGCCCAUGGCUCGGCGCCCAGUGCCCGGACCCCCGCACUCGGGUCUCGCGGCGCACGGGCCGGCGGGUGCCCGGGGCGCCGUCCCUGCUGCCUGAGCGCCGUCUUUGCUGCAGGGGGUGGUGGCGGCGGCCGUGUGGGCCACACACACUGCUGGCCCACCCCUUGUCCUCGCCGUGCCCGGCGACCGCCUCGGUCGCUGGCUCACUGGAUGCGGCCGAGCCCCGCUGAGCGGCGCGGUGGCUGCGGCCACGACCCCGGGCGGCAUGUACUUGUUGGACGGCAGCGGCGAGCCCGCGUCACCGCCUGCGGACACGAUGCCACGCGGGACGCCCCCGAGGAAGACGGUCUACCGCAUCUCGGUGACGAUGGUCAGGAAAGAGCAGCUGGCGGCGCCGGGCCCCGGCGGCACCGAUCUGCGCCCGGCUUGGCGGCCACGGCCCACUCUCUCCCCAGACGCGCCCGGGCGGCUGGAGGAGGAGGCCGAGGAGGCGGCGGAUGCUGAGGACCUGGAGGGUCGCGGGCCCAGCGCCUGGGACUUCCGCACCUUCCGCGCGCGCAGCACCGGGCAGCUGGAGCUCGGGCGGCUCCGGCCGUGCGCACGCGUCCCGGAGCCCGCGGACCUGGCCGGGGAGGAGGGACGUGGCUCGCCCGCGCCCGGCAGCCCCGACGUGGAAGGUCCCCGGGCCGCGCCCCUGCGGCGGAGCCUCAGCUUCAGGCACUGGCGUGGGUCUGAGACGCCGCGGGGCCGGGAGCUGGGCGGCGAGAGGCGCCACAGCAGCUCCGGGAGCCUGGCCUGGGAUCCGGGCGACGAGGCCGCGGCUGGCCCUGCGGCCGCCCUGGAGCCCGCGGCCGCCGCGCCAGCCGCCUCGGAGAAGCGCAACACCCUGGACGUGGGAGAGGUGCUCAGCAAGAACGACGCGCUCUCGGACUUGGAGCGCUGGGAGCGCAGCAAGAGCAAGAACCGCACGCUGGACAACAGCGACCUGCAGCGGCUGGAGCGCGCGCGGGCCGCGGCCGCCGGCCCCGGCGCGGUCUCGGAGCACCGGCUGCUGCGCUUUUUCAGCGGCAUCUUUGCGCGCAGAGAUGGCGCGGCCGGCGGCGGGCCCUCCCCCCGGAGCGGUGCCUCGCGGCCGCGCGGCUACUUCAGCCUGCGGCGGGCCCCGGCGGACACGCACUCGUCCAGCGCCGAGAGCGUCGAGGGGUCCCCGCGCAGAGAUGCCUUUGUGAACAGCCAGGAAUGGACGUUGAGUCGCUCUGUUCCGGAGCUCAAAGUGGGCAUUGUGGGUAAUUUGGCCAGCGGCAAGUCGGCGCUGGUGCACCGGUACCUGACGGGCACUUACGUCCAGGAGGAGUCUCCUGAAGAUAUGGACGCAGGUGGCAGGUUCAAGAAAGAGAUUGUUGUUGAUGGACAAAGCUAUCUGCUGCUGAUUAGAGAUGAGGGGGGCCCCCCGGAGGCGCAGUUUGCCAUGUGGGUGGACGCUGUUAUAUUUGUCUUCAGCUUGGAGGACGAGAUAAGUUUCCAGACCGUUUACCACUACUACAGUCGAAUGGCCAACUACCGGAACACAAGCGAGAUCCCUCUCGUUCUGGUGGGAACCCAAGACGCCAUCAGCUCCACCAACCCGAGGGUCAUCGAUGAUGUGCGGGCGCGGAAGCUGUCCAACGAUCUGAAGCGCUGCACAUACUACGAGACGUGUGCCACAUACGGGCUGAACGUGGAGAGGGUCUUCCAGGACGUUGCCCAGAAGAUUGUUGCCACGAGGAAGAAGCAGCAGCUGUCCAUAGGGCCCUGCAAGUCACUGCCCAACUCUCCAAGCCAUUCCUCGGUCUGCUCCGCACAGGUGUCUGCCGCGCACAUAAGCCAGACAAGUAACGGAGGUGGGAGUUUAAGCGACUAUUCCUCCUCUGUCCCAUCGACUCCGAGCACCAGCCAGAAGGAGCUCCGGAUAGACGUCCCUCCCAGCGCCAACACUCCGACGCCCGUCCGUAAGCAGUCCAAGCGCCGGUCCAACCUCUUCACUUCUCGGAAAGGGAGUGACCCAGACAAAGAAAAGAAAGGCCUGGAGAGCCGCGCAGACAGCAUCGGGAGCGGCCGAGCCAUCCCCAUUAAACAGGGCAUGCUGUUGAAGCGAAGUGGCAAAUCAUUGAAUAAAGAGUGGAAAAAGAAAUACGUGACCCUGUGCGACAAUGGUGUGCUGACGUACCAUCCGAGCUUACAUGAUUACAUGCAGAAUGUUCAUGGUAAAGAGAUUGAUCUGCUGAGAACCACUGUGAAAGUCCCAGGGAAGAGGCCACCCCGAGCCACAUCAGCCUGCGCGCCCAUCUCCAGCCCUAAAACCAACGGCCUGUCCAAGGACGUGAGCAGUUUACACAUCUCACCCAAUUCAGGGAAUGUCACUAGUGCAUCUGGGUCUCAGAUGGCAAGCGGCAUCAGCCUGGUCUCCUUCAACAGCCGACCCGACGGCAUGCACCAGCGGUCCUACUCAGUGUCCAGUGCCGACCAGUGGAGUGAGGCUACGGUCAUUGCAAACUCGGCCAUCAGCAGUGACACGGGGCUGGGUGACUCCGUUUGUUCCAGCCCAAGUAUCUCCAGCACCACCAGCCCCAAGCUCGACCCGCCCCCCUCCCCUCAUGCCAACAGAAAGAAGCACCGAAGGAAGAAAAGCACCAGCAACUUCAAAGCCGAUGGGCUCUCCAGCACUGCCGAAGCCAAACGCAGAGCAUGGAAACUAAACCGUGUUGGUAGCCUGCGAAAUAUAUACAGCAGCAGCACCAACCCCGAAGAACAAGAAGAAAACUUUGAGUUCACCAUUGUGUCCCUCACCGGCCAGACGUGGCACUUUGAAGCCACCACGUACGAAGAGCGGGAUGCGUGGGUCCAAGCCAUUGAGAGCCAGAUCCUGGCCAGCCUGCAGUCGUGUGAGAGCAGCAAGAACAAGUCUCGACUGACCAGCCAGAGUGAGGCCAUGGCCCUGCAGUCCAUCCGGAACAUCCGCGGGAACUCCCACUGCGUGGACUGCGAAACCCAGAAUCCGAACUGGGCCAGUCUGAACUUGGGGGCCCUCAUGUGCAUCGAGUGUUCCGGGAUCCACCGGAAUCUUGGCACCCAUCUUUCCCGAGUCCGAUCUCUGGACCUUGACGACUGGCCGAUUGAGCUCAUCAAGGUGAUGUCAUCCAUCGGGAACGAGCUGGCCAACAGCGUCUGGGAGGAGAGCAGCCAGGGGCGGACGAAGCCCUCGCUGGACUCCACAAGGGAAGAGAAGGAGCGGUGGAUCCGGGCCAAGUACGAGCAGAAGCUUUUCCUGGCCCCGCUGCCGUGCACAGAGCUGUCCCUGGGCCAACACCUGCUGCGGGCCACAGCUGAUGAGGACCUGCGGACAGUCAUCCUGCUUCUGGCGCACGGCUCCCGGGAUGAGGUGAACGAAACCUGCGGGGAGGGGGACGGACGCACAGCGCUGCACCUGGCCUGCCGCAAGGGGAACGUGGUCCUGGCACAGCUCCUGAUCUGGUACGGGGUGGAUGUCAUGGCCCGAGACGCCCAUGGGAACACAGCACUGGCCUAUGCCCGGCAGGCCCCAAGCCAGGAGUGUGUGGACGUCCUGCUGCAGCACGGCUGCCCCGAUGAGCGCUUCGUGCUCAUGGCCACCCCCAACCUGUCCCGGAAAAACAACAACCGGAACAACAGCAGUGGGAGGGUGCCCACCGUCAUCUGAGGGGCAGCCGUGCCCACCGCAACAGCAGUGGGAAGGUGCCCACCUCCCCCCACACCAGGACGCGGCAACCUCGCCGCACACGUGAGUCCUGUCACAUCCCCUCACUCUUCCUGGUGGUCACCUCCCACCCACCCGUCCACUCUCACCCAAAACAGAGUCAACCUGGACAUUGUCAAAGGGCGAAGAGGAGGCCAGGAGGCUGCAGAACCGAUUCCUUUCCAUGAACCCCCCUAAACAACAAACAGGAGAGGCCGAUGGGGCCUUGGUUCUUUGAUGAUAGCACACGGUGAGGGACCCUACUCCUGGUGGCACAAGGGAUGGGGACGCGAGGGGGAGGGGAGGAGAGGAACAAGGAGAGGGGGCAACUUUCCUUAACUGGCAGUUAAGCACAUCAGUACAUUUCACCUCUACCAAACGGAACACUUGGAUUUCAUCUCUUCUCCGAGGAGCUUGACGGCAUAAAUCAGAAGCAAGCACAGAGUUUGUCAGGUUUGAAGCCCCUAUGAUGGUAUGUGUCAAAUCAGUUGUAGCUAAUCUGUCCAGGGAGAAUACUGGCUUCAUUACACUUGUAUAGUUGAGUUCUUCCAGCAUUACCGCUGUUUAAUAGAACAUGAUUAGUCAUCACCGAGAAGAAAGCAUAUUAGCUGAGGAGGUAGUUACGCGGCACGCUCCGGUGAUUGCCACGAUGUGAUUGCAAUACUCUUAGAAGCAUCAUAUUAUCCCAGACAUGUUCUUUCAAGCCCUUGGAGCCCUCCUUUCUAAAUUCACUGUCAUAAUUUAGUAUCUGUUUAAUUUUUCAGUCCAAAGAGAGGAAAUCAGUUGCUGAGUAUUAUUUGACUGCAGUCUCCUUGGUGCAAAAACAAAAUGGAAAAAAUAAAUAAGAAUAACUCAGAAACUCAAAAGGAAAUCACAAAUUCAGCUAAUAAUGGCAUUUGGAGUACAUUUCGUAAACUAAGUAAAUACAUAAAAGGCUAUUUUUUCCAAACAUAAGAGAUAUUUUAUGUCCUUUUGCCAAAGUGAAUGUUUUGGGUCUCAGCUACUCCCGGGCCAUGUUGCCCAAGUUACACAGGCUUCUGUGUUGUGUCCUUAGAUAAGAUGUUUGAAAAUCUGUUUGAAUAAAAGAAGUUCAUAAAUAUGCAUUGAUUUUUGUACAGACAAAUGGCACCUCUGUUAAUUUAUAAAUUGAACUGGAUGUGAACUAAUAAUGUGCAAUUGGUUGAAGUAAGAGGGUUACAGAUCAUUGUACAUGGAAAAUAUUCCCAGCAGUAAACACUUCCAUUAGUGUGAUAUACAGCUUUUAAAAAGAAACAUAUCAGAAUAAGUUGGUGGUACAAUUUGCUUAUUAAAAUUGAGAAGGAAAAAAAUAAAA